AUGCUACCGUUCGUGGCGCUAACCCACGAUAUCUCCGCCUCCGUCGCCUCCAUCCUCCUCUCGCCCUCCUCGCGCUCCAUCCAUCCGCACCUCUUUCAGGCUUGGAAUUUCACCCCCAGCCCGCGCGCGCCCAGCCCUCCCCCCUCCGCGCAUCCCGAGCAGCCGCUUGAUUACGGCUGCUUUUUUUCCACCCCGCCCAUUUCCCUCGCUCCACCUGCUCUCCCCGUCAUCCCCGGGAUUGCGUACACCUCCACCGCCGCCAAAACCGCCGCCAGCCCCAACACCUGCAUUAGCGCUUUACCUGCUCCCCCUUCCGCGACCGACCUUGCGCAAUCGAAAAAGGACCAGCAACCUCUGCGGGCGGAAGGGAACUGCUGGGAAGCGGAUGGUUACGGAAGGUUGGGACAGCAGCAGCAGCAGCAACAGCAGCAGGAGCAGCAGCAGCAGGAGGAGGUCUUAACUCAGGUGGUGAAGCAGCCGCUACAGCGGAGCCUCAGUCCCUCACGCGAACGGCGGAAGAGCGUGCUGCGCGGCAGCGGAGAUGGCGGAAGCCCCUCCGCGCGACCGUUCUCCGGUGCGACCGAGAGCUCGGGUCACAGUAAGCUUCACGCACCCGGUGUGACAGUAUCGGGGCUUCGACAUUCGCCCUCACGUGGCGAGCUUCGCACCGCUGACGCAGGCUCGUUUAUGGAGCAACUCGCGUCGUUCUUUACUUCUCGGACCAAAAGAGGCGUCGCUGUCGCGCCCGACGUCCCCGCCUGCGAUCGCGCUGCAAGCCGCGCUCCGAAAUGCGCCGCGAAGCCGCCCCGCCCGCCGUCCAGCCAGUCGCUGCUCCCCGCGCCCGCCACGCGAAGCAGCGCAAACCCCUGGCUGCGCGGCCACUUCGGGCGGAAGGGCCACGACCGGCGGCAGAGCAAGAGCAGCAGGAGUCGCAGGGGCGUGUGCGGCGGAAGCAAGAGCGGGCAGGCGGGUGAGGGAGCGGAAGGGGUGAUGCUGCCGAUGCUGGUGCUACUAGUAGGUCUCUUCUUCGUGCUCACGUUCGUGCAGCAUAUUUUCAGCCCGGAACAAUCGGCGCUAUUUGCGGCGGACGAAGCGCGCGCGCGUUCGGGCAGCGGAUACAGCGUCCAGCCGUGGGAUACCCGCGGAAAUGGGAGCAGCCGUAGUAAUAGCGGCGGGUUGGAGACUGAGUCACAAGCAGGCACUAGUCGAAGUCCCAACGGAGGUAGUAGCGCGAGUGAAGCUCGGACUAGUACGGUUGUCGCCGGUGCUGCUGGUGCGCCGCGCUCAGGCCAGAACCGCAAACUUGGGCGCGCGCCUGUGGCAGCGCCAGAUGCGGCGAGUGGGAUCAAGACGGAAGGAGCGGGCGUGCAAGGCAGGGACGGGGAAGUGUCGGGAGCAGUGGAAGACGAGAGGGGCACAGUGAGUCUGGGGGAGUUGGGGAGCAUAGAGGCGGAGGGAAUGGAAGAAAGGGGGGCUGCUGCUGGUUUGGCGGGAAUGGCGCGGCCUUGGGGACUGUCCGUGUGGCAGAUGAGGAGGCGUUGA